AAUAGGUAAAUCUAGCCUUGUAACUCUAGUCUGCAAAACACCACAAUAAGGUAAAUCAAUUUAGAUUGUCUAUAGCUGACCGACUCAAACUAAUAAGACAGGGACUUAAACUUGUAAUCUUGUAGUUACAAGUUUGUGGGGUUAUUCCCAUUUAAAUAGAUUUUCUGUACUUAAUUGAUUGGAGUGGUGGACUACUCUAACCCUUAUCCCGAGCAUACUCUUAAAUUGGUCCUUACUUUCCGAUAGGUCACCUAAGUCCUCCCCUCCCACAAAUUCCACCCCACCCUCGCCCACCCACCAGGUACCCCAAUACUUUCUUUCAAAGAAAAUUAAAGAAACUCAAGAGCACCAUGGCUGAUCUCUUAGCUUCUUGGUGCAGCUAGCCAUGAACUCAAGAUGAUUAUUCCAAAGAAGAUGAAGGCUCUGAUCUGAUCUAACACUUAACUCUCUCUCAUUCUCCCUCUGUAUGUAUCUGUAUAUGUAUAUAUAUAUUAGACCAUAAAUUAUUGACUACAUACAAAUUAAAAUGCAGCACCCCUCAAGCAACAAUUCCUUGAAUAAUUAUUACAACAGCCCCAUAUUAUCCCCAUCCUCUUCUUCUCUAUACCACAUUCCCUCUUCCCCUAUCCACUAUGAAGAUGAACUGCUCCUCCUGCAAGCCCUCAUCCUCCAACAGCAGCAGCAAUCACAGCCGUUGAUUAUCGAGGAGGAAGAAGAAAUCAACAAAGCCCAGAUCAGCAUUCCAGACCCCCCCUACAAAAACCACGAAAAUGGAGGCCCCAAGAAGAGCAAGAAAGACCGGCACAGCAAGAUCACCACCGCGCACGGCCCUCGAGACCGGCGGAUGCGCCUCUCCCUGGACGUGGCUCGCGAGUUCUUCGAUCUCCAAGACACUUUGGGCUUCGACAAGCCCAGCAAGACCCUGGAUUGGCUCCUAACCAAGUCCAAUUCCGCCAUUAAAGACCUCGCUUCUAGCCUCGGCCUUACAAACAGCCCUUCUUCUACAGCUUCUGAAUGUUGCGACGAAAACAAAGAAAAGAAGAAGAAGAAGAGGGCGAGGCCGCCUCGUAUUCGAGCAGCAUUCCUGGCCCUCACUAAGGAGUCCAGGAAAAAGGCGAGAGAGAGGGCUAGAGAGAGAACGAAGAAGAAGAAGAAAUUGGAUGCCAUAAUAAUGGGUGAAAAUAAAGGUGGAAUGUUUUCACAACUACAAGAAUUAGAAGAAGAACUGUCCUCCCAGUCCCAGAUGGGUGUAAAUAAGGAGGUUUCAGGGACUUACCAGCAAAACAAUGGCGGAAUCUUUUCGCAACAACUACAAGAGCUGGAGGUGGAGCUGCUCUCCUCCCACUUUCAUAUUCAUGUAAAUAACCAGCUUUCUCCUUUCAGGGAUUUCCCACCAGCAGAAACAAUUUGGUGACUGUUUUGAGCAGAACUUUGGGAAGCCUGCAACAAGGGAGAUCUAUGAGGGCAGCUCCUUAGCUUUCUUCAAUUUAUAGAAGAAGGCUACC